CACUCAAUUGUACACCAUAUAUGGGAAGCAUGAAGGUGCAUCAGUUCACACGUGGAUUCUGGGAGCACGAACCCUCCCUCACGCUCGGCUGCAAGAGAUUACGCCCUCUCGCUCCCAAGCUUCCCAACACUACUGACACCACGGCCGCCGCCACCACCACCACCACUCAUUCUCUUCCAUUCGACAUCAAGAGCUUCAUCAGACCAGAAAGUGGCCCCAUAAAACUCUUAUCCUCUGAUGAUAAUAAGAAAGAUCCACCUUCACCCCAGAGCCAGGUUGAAACGCAUCCGGGAGGGACAAGGUGGAACCCGACGCAAGAGCAGAUAGGUAUAUUGGAGAUGUUGUACAGAGGAGGGAUGCGAACUCCAAAUGCUCAGCAAAUAGAGCAGAUCACAGCUCAGCUUAGCAAGUAUGGAAAGAUCGAAGGGAAGAACGUGUUCUAUUGGUUUCAGAACCACAAAGCGCGCGAGAGGCAAAAGCAGAAACGCAACAGCCUUGGCCUUUCUCAUAGCCCUCGAACUUCCACCAUUCAAACUAUAUCUUUGGAAACCAGAAGGGGAGAAGUGGUGGAAAGAGAUGAGGAAGAUAGUCCAUACAAGAGGUGUAGGAGAUGGGGAUUUGAGUGCUUGGAAGAGCAAAUAGGUAAUAAGGAGGAGGAACAUAGAACUCUGGAGCUUUUCCCAUUGCACCCGGAAGGAAGAUGAAGCGGGGUUGACCAUUUAUCCAUCAUUUUUCACUUCACUUUUGUUCGGAAUUCAAGCUGGUUGAGUGCAUAUUUAGAAGUUCGUUUAAAAAUGGUGAAGUUAAAAUCAUAAUAAACAGAAGUAAAAGUUAAAGAAAAUUACUUCUGUUUUAACAUGAUUUGUCUUCAUUGCGAAUCUAAAACGAGUUUCUGAAUGAAUGUGCUAGCUAGCUUCUUUAAUUUGCUUUAUUUUUCUUCUUUCUUUGUGUAUUGGGAAAGAAGAAAGACAAAGUUGAUCAUGUCUCUCAGAUCUGUUCCAUCUCUAGCUCCCACUUAAUGCUAUUCCUAACUUUUGGAACCCAA